AUGGGGAUUCCCUGUGUUUCAGUCUACUCCACCAUUGAUAAGGAUGCACUUCAUGUGAAACUAGCGGAUGAGUCAUUUUGCAUAGGGCACUUGUUGAUACCCAAUGUCCUUUCUGUUGCUAUCAGUCAUGGAUGUACAAUGUUGCAUCCUGGUUAUGGUUUCCUUGCUGAGAAUGCUGUUUUUGUUGAGAUGUGUAGAGAACAUGGAAUCAACUUCAUUGACCCAAAUUUAAAAUCUGGUGUUUGGGUUGUGGUUACAUACUAUCUUGUUGGAUUUGAUCACCAAUUUUCAAGAUGUUUGAAGCAGUUUGGGUUGUAUUUCUCUUUGCAUCAAAUGUCAAUAGGGCUUUUCCGUAUGAUGGGAGCUUUAGGAAGAAAUAUGAUAGUUGCUAAUACUUUUAGAUCUUUUUCCAUGUUGGUUGUUAUGGCACUUGGAGGAUUCAUACUUUUUAGAGCUGCUGGUGUUAGGAGGAUGACGGAUGCAGAUUCAGUAGCAAUGCCUGAAGGUUCAUCUUUAUAUGAUUUGGUUCAAACGGUAAUCACUACCACACAUGCUUCUGUUGGAGUGGUGCUUCUCUUGAGGGAAGAGUGGUCUCUUGUAAAAGAUAUACCUGUUCUUUUUGCAAUUGACCAAGACAUUGAGUACCUGAAGCUGUAUAGUUCAAGAUAUGGGCGUGAAGAAGGGGUUGAGAUUCUAGAAAAAAUAGGGAUGUAUUUAGGGCCACAUCGAUACACUCUUGACCACGCCCCAAUAGACAUGAUGCGGGAUAAACAGAAGGAACGCGAGAGAGAACACUUCUCACAAUUUAUAAUAGAGGGUUUCACUUCUUAUUGCAAGAGAAAGAGAAGAGAUAAUAUCAACUAUGUGUCUGCUCAUGACAAUGAGACCUUGUUCGAUAUUAUUAGUUUGAAGGCAGCAAUGAAAAUUUCAAAUGAUGAGAGGUGGAGGAUAAACCAUUUAGCAACAAGUGUAAUAGCACUUUCCCAGAUGGGAAUGUGGGAUGCUCUUUUGAAAGCUAAUUUGCAAGCUAUUCCCACAAGUAUACCUAUAAUAGCACUCUCUUUUGUUUAUCAGAAUGUAGUGCCUGUUCUUUCUACAAACCUGAAAGGAGACCUGUCAAAAAUAAGUGUAUUUAUUCCAAAUCCCACAUUCUUUGGAUGGAGAAAAGGGUCACAAGAAUUAUCGGAGCAGGGGUUCAUUAGUCUUAAACAAUUAUGA